UGCCUGCCUGCCCGGCACUCACUCACCUGAGAGAGGGAGACUGACCCCCGCCCUGCUCCAUAGACCCUCAGGAUGAACAUAGUGCUGUCCAGAGAUGCCCAAAUCAAGAUUAUGGAAAACACUGUAUCCAAUGCGGAGAAGUACUUCGGGCAGCUCUGCACGAUACUAGCCUCCUAUACCCGUAAGACGGCCAAGCUGCGGGACAAAGCGGACCAGCUGGUCAAGCAACUCAUUGAUUUUGGAAACACCGAGAACCCAGAGCUGAGGAGUGCCCUGAAAAACAUGGCUGAAGACUUGGCAAAGAUUCAGGACUAUAGACAUGCCCAGGUGGAGAGGCUGGAAACUAAAGUUCUAAGCCCAAUAAAAAUGUAUGGAAUUCUAAUUAAGGAAAAGCGGGCAGAAAUCAAGAAGUUCAACACGGUCCGGAACAAAGAGAUAAAAGAGUUGGAGAAGUUGGAUAAAUUACGGCACAGAACACCUUCGGACCGGCACGUGAUUUCUCAGGCAGAGUCCAACGUACAGAAAGCGUCUCUAGACGCAGCGCGUACUACGCAGCAGUUGGAGGAAGUCAUCGAUAACUUCCAGCAGCAGAAAGUCAAAGACAUUCAGAAAAUAUUCUCUGACUUUUUGACGAUUGAGAUGGUCUUCCAUUCCCGGGCACUGGAAGUUUACACCAACGCAUUUCACAGCCUGCAAGACUGCGAGCUAGAGAAAGAUAUGGAGGAUUUUCGGGCAAAGAUACAUAUAAACACUGGGAUUCAAGACGCACGACCACUUCAGGCAACAAACCUGUCCUCCAACACCACCUGGAACACGAGCAAUAUGAGUCUGUCGAGCACCCUGCCGACACGGCAGCCAGUGGAGGAGGAGAGUGAGGAUGACUCGGAGCAAGAGGAAGAAUAUGAGGAACCCAGGAGGGUAGUUUAUUCUAGAGUACGGAAAUAAAUAGGCCCCAUUCAUCCAUCAUUCCAUGUUCUUACCCCCGUCCAUCACCACAGUGACAACACGCUACAUUUCCCAGCAUGCUCUGCAGUUACCUGCCUUUACCUUGACCUAAGGAAAAUGUGUCCAUUAAAAUCUGGCAGAAUUAAAAUGACACAAACACGGUUACCAUUGUUCAGAUGCAUUGGCCAACAUUGUGCCAUUUCCUGGCUUAAAUAACUGUUUUUACAUUGCUGGGGAUUGGGGCUCAUAAUGCUGUGAAAACAACAAGGGUGGUAACGGUGUCCCUAGUUUUCUAUCUACUAUAAUAGAUAUCAAGAUGCAUCUGUUCUUUUCCAAUGAAAAUAAAAAUGUUAAUUCCGCAGGAGGAGUCUCAUUUAAAUGAACGCCUCCUGCUGGCUUCUCUGAAGCAGUGUCCACGGUGCAUCCACUGGCUUCAGUAGGCCCAGAUAAACGUUCCCGACACUCUCCUGUUUUCUGCAGCACUGCCUGUCGUCACCCCCAAGUGCCAGCAGCAUGUCACAGACCCAAAAACAUCCAAGAUGUGCGUUAUCGUCCGUUUUACAUACAACUCCGAAUUAGGCCCAAAGUCUGCAAAAUACGUCCAUCGUCCAGCCAGUCCUGCGCUAUACGCGGGGUACCUGCUGCUAGGGCAGUAACCUGUAACAACACCUUAGACCAGGGAUAGGCAACAUGUAACAUCCAAGCGUUCCCUGCCACAGUCUUAGCAUGUCCUAACAGCAAAACAGUGGCAGAGCAUGCUGGGAUUUGUAGUUCCACAGCUGCUAGAGGGCUGCCCGUUGCCUUCCCCUUACUUUAGACCAGGCAUGGGGAACCUUCGGCACUCUGGCUGUUGUUGAACUACUCAUACCAGCAUGCCUUGCUACAGUUUUGCAAUUUGGCCAUGCUAAAACUGUUGCAGGUCACGCUGGGAUGUGUAGUUCAACAACAGCUGGAGGGCCUAAGGGUCCCCAUCCCUGCUUUAGACUAUGGUACAGCACACACAGUUUUUUUUAUUGCUAUAUAUGUUUUUUUCCAUAGCAGUUGCCCUUUGUUUAUGGGCAUUUUAUUUGCUGUUCUAUUUAAUUUGACUCCAAUGAUAAAAACAACUAUGACAAAACCACGCCUCCAGGCCUCCUUGUCGUACAUGAAGCUCUCACUUCCCAGUCACCAAUGUAAUGGGGAAGCUCGCUUUGAACUUGUACUUUACCAGCGCCGGAUGGUUCGGUAACUAACACACAGGAGAACAGAGGGAAGUGUUUAUUUUAUUUGGGAUGUGAAUGUUAAACACCAGAGCAGAUUGUGUAUUUUUCUAGCUUAAACCAUCCUCAUCAUUUAGUGAGAGGUUAGGCUCGGAGCCGCUGCUCUGUGUGUAUACAGUCCUGUCUCGCGCUGCGUUUUCUGCCUUUCCUGCCCUCUGAGCAUGAAGCCAGACAUCUGAGCAGCUCUGUUCCCUCUGUCAAAACACAUUUGCAGGCGGCAGGGAAAUGGCUUGUCUUUGUAGUGGAAGCCCAAAUUAUUAACAUUUAUUUUGUUUACAAAUGAAGCGGUUUCCACGUACGUUUAUCUUUCCGAGGAGUAUAAAUAUUGUAUGAAUGUAUCCUGUAUCAAUGGCAUAUAUUUUGGACUUGUGUGAAUCUUGUAAAUAAAAAGUAUUUUUCGUUGCAAA